AUGUGUGACGUCCCGUUCAUCCCCAUUUUCCCCAUCUGCUUCCAAUGCGGCACCGACCAGAAUCCCUGCCACUGUAAAGUCGUCGGGCCGACAUUAGGUAAGUCUUUCUUACUCAGCCCUGGAGACUACGGCACCUGUCGGGUGUCUCAACACCCUUCACAUUCGCAUGCUCACCCAAACCAAGGUGAUCUGUUGGCCAGCUUCGAUCUUCUGCGGCUGCGGUUGUACCAAGACCGGGAAAGAGUCUGUCUCCCCUUCGAGAACUUUUCGGAAAGCAUCACUGACAAGCCAUGUAGUAUGCUGGGAUUCCCUGUCAAGCUCAACGGGCAAGUAAGCAACGCCAUACCGUUUUGA